AUGUCUUUCUCUGGUUUGAAAAAGCAAUUAAACAAAGCGAAUCAGUACCUCAGUGAAACCAUGGGUGCUGCCGAAGCGACGAAGUUCGAUGAGCAAUACAAUGAAAUGGAACGGAAAGUGGAUCUGACAUAUGAACUAAUUAGUGCGUUAAUUGCCGGAACCCACGAACUAUUGCAGCCCAAUCCAGCAACCCGGGCAAAAAUGGCCACAAUGGGAGCUUUGUCAAAAGUGCGCGGAACAUCAAAAGCCCAACCAUAUCCUCAGACCGAAGGCCUUCUAGCAGAUACUAUGCAAAAAUAUGGAACGGCACUAGGUGUAGAUUCGGAUCUUGGAAAAGCUUUGAUCGAUGCUUCGGAAGCUUAUCGUCAGCUAGCCGAUAUUAAAUAUCAAAUGGAGGAUAAUGUGAAGCAUAACUUUUUGGAUCCAUUAGCACAUCUACAACAGACUGACUUAAAAGAAGUUAAUCAUCAUCGAACAAAACUUAAGGGUCGACGCCUAGAUUACGACUGCAAAAAGCGGAAACAAACACGGGAUGAGGAAUUGAUUCAAGCAGAAGACAAAUUAGAAGAGUCGAAGCAGUUAGCAGAACAAGCAAUGUAUAAUCUUUUAAGCAAUGAUGUUGAACAGGUGACUCAGCUUUGCGCUUUAAUAGAUGCACAAUUGGAUUUUCAUCGACAAACUACGCAAGUGUUGGAACAUUUGAAAACACAGCUAAAUGAACGUGUCGCAGAAGCAGGCACUCGGCUACGUGUGGAGCAUGUCAUCAAGCCCGUUUUAGCAGAUAGACUACCUAAUUCUCGAUCGCCAGUGCAUGCGGAAAAUUCGACAUCAGUCAACAACGCCAACUUUCAAGCACCUUCAGUAUCGCCUCCUAUGUAUCCACAAAAACAGGUAGCAGAUAGUGGUGAUUGGAGUUUGAAUGCAAAAGUUCACAGCUCACCGGCUAGUUUUGGUGGUCCGAAUGCGCCAUCCUCUUCUGCCCAACCUGUUAAGCCGUCUUGUCGAGCCUUAUAUGAUUUCGAAGCACAAAAUGAAACUGAACUGGAUUUUAAGGAAGGUGACGUUAUUAAUUUGAUUUCACAAAUUGACGAAAACUGGUAUGAAGGUUCACUUCUAGGAAAAACCGGUUACUUCCCGAUCUCUUAUGUGCACGUACUUGUACCAUUGUAA